AUGCAUGCGCACCCAACGUAUCUAUGUGAUUGGGGACUAGGGAGGAUGCUAUGAGAGAAGAGCCGGGGUCGCGUGUGAUUCAAUGCAUUUCAGUGGCGUUUAUGCCAAUACUUAUCGCGUCUGCUCUAGUUAACUUCAGACAAGUUUGCCAUGCAGAUCGAUGAAUCCAACCGAGACCCACCACACACACCCACAGAAACGCAAAUAUGUUCACUCUCCAAAUCAAACCUGAAUUACUCGCGACGGGUGGCCGCAUGGUUGAGUUCUCCACUUGUCAGUGUAGUUCAAAUAAUAUGUAGGCGCCUGGGUAAAUUGGAGAUGAUAUCCUUUUGGUUGCUCUGUUGGAGACUGCUGAGAGCCACAGCUGGAGUGAAGACGAUAAAGGGGAAUGAAGUGAUUGAGGGCUGCAGUGCUAUCGACACUCCACAAGAGAAAGAAAAAGAACAAGAAUCCCAAUCUGGGGUCAUAGCCAUGGAGACCAGCCAGCUUUCAGAGAUGGCGAACCUAACAGACUAUAAAAUGGAUUCUGGGGAAACAGAGGACCAGAGACACCUGCUUAGCGAAAGCGAGGAAGAAUGUGACCGAGAACCUUUCGCAGAAUACAGAGGAACAAGAGAGAACUUAAAAACAUCAGUGGAUGAACCGGACGAAGAUGAUGAAAGUGGUGAGGUGAACAGAGAGGAGGAGACUCACAACUUUGAGACAGGACGAAAUGAUUUCAGUCUAACACAGUUACUCAACUCCUCAAGUAUAUUUGGUAGUGAACCCGUUUGCAAGGUGGAAGACCUGCUUGCACAAGGUCACCUGGGCAACUCUUCUCCAUCAGAAGUGACGGUGACACAAGAGUCCAUCUUGGAGCAGCGCAUCCGAGAGGAGGUCUCCUCAGAUGUCUCAACAGGGUCCUGUCACGACCCUGACCGAGACGACCUGAGUGACUGUCUCCAGGUAGAAAUGGCCAUCGUGUCAUCAGACAGCGAGGCUGACGACCAGUGGAGGUCCACUUUUGCCUCUACAGUCAACAAGGAGGAAGGCUGUGAUGGAAAUGCUCAAGAUGCCCUCGAGAAGGACAGAGCCGCAGGGGAGGCAGAGAAUGGGGCCAAGGGUGAAACUGGAGAUAGUCCUCGCGUUCUUGAACAACCCGAUUGCCCGACAGAAUGCGAGAUCCAAGACAUGCCCUCUGGCAAGUUCCAGGGCUUAUCCAAAAUUCCAGAGGAUGAAGAAGAGGUCAGCCAAGGCAGGACUCGCAAAGUGAGUCGUUCUACAUCUGCAAGCUCUUCUGCAAGCUCUGACCCCGACAAGAAGGUUCCUAAAGACUACUGUGUGAUACAAGAAAUGAAGAGCAAGAACAUUAGUACAGAGCAUGUGGACUUCCAGGGGGCUCGGAAGCAGUGGCGUCAAAUGGAGGAGCAGACCCAAGGAGAGGUCCAGGUCCACCAGCCCACUGUCAGACAGCAGGGGAUGUGCCAGGGAGGUCACAGCGCCAUGUACACACCCGUCAGGAACAUUGACCGACCCAGGAGGGACCCCGAAAUUGACAGCCUUGCCCUUGGUGACUUUCAACACUCUCAGUUCAGCCCAUGUUCAGAAGACUCAGGUAUGGAUGACUUCAGCUACAGGUCCCUUUACGAGGACUCAGACAACCCUGUCGAAAGGGAGAUACGGCAGACCAUAGAGCGUGAGGAGAACUUCAGGCGUGAGAGAGAGAUUGCCAAACAGGGUCAAGCUGGAGAAUCAUCUGCACAUUCGAAAACCCGACCAACUACUCUCUACCCCGGCAAGUACGGCAAAGGCCUUUGCCAUGAGGUGGAAGAGAAACGGAAGAUGUUUGAGUCUAGUGAUCCCGGAUGCAGGCCUUUGAGGUCUCCCAAAGCAAAGAACCCAACAGUCUCCAUAUCCACCUCCCCAUCGCCCACACCAAGGGGUGCAACCUACCAUGAGAUGACCGCCCAAAAUGUUAUCAUCCUGGAGCCGGACUCCUACCCCACCAGCCCGAGGCACCGCACCCGGGGAUCCUUGCUAUCUCCGGGGCCCAGCAGGUACAGUGAGUGGCCCUUGGAGACGUCAGCCAACGUCAUCAUUUUGGAGACGUCCAACCUGAUCAUCCGGAGUGCCUCUGAGUUCUGCCUGAGCUCGGCCUCCUGCCAGGAGACCCAGGAGAGCACAUUUCUCAACAACCCCUUCUUCAAGCUGCGCUCACGGAGCUCCAUGUCCCUGGUGGACCAGGAGAUUAAGAUGGUGAAGCAGAGGGAGGAGGAGUGGAGGAGGCAGAAGAGCCAGAUGCAGACCAAGGAGAAGUACGACACCGUCCUGGUGUCCCCAAACCUCCUUGAUAACCUGAGCUUUGAUAAAGCAGAAGUGCCACUGAAAUGUGUGUCUUCCCCUUCAUCACCAUCAAGGACUCGAAAGCUGGACCGCUCCGCCCUGUCAUGUGACCAUAGGUUUUACAGGUGAAACUCUUUCCUCCAGUUCCCAGAAUCACUCUCCCCAGGACCAAGGAAAAAGAAUGCCAUGGCUCAGAGAUGGGAGGCAGGACUAUUUGUCAACCAUGAAAAAGAGUAACAAACCAGAAUAAUACCGUGCCAUACUACAGAUGCCAACUUCCUGAACUUUAGAUGUUUUCCAGUUCUAUUGAUACAGCUUGAAUAUUUACCGGUACUGUAGCUUUAAAGUUAUUGUGAAACAAAUGUAAAUUAAAUUGUAAGAGAUGAGAAUUUGAAGACAGAUGGACUGCCAGAUGCUUUUUGAUGUGACAAGUAUGUGAUUAUAUUGUCUGGUUAAGAUUUUUACAUUUUUUAAGUAGUGUCUUGUUAUACAAAAGAUAUUGCAUUUUUGUAUUGUGUUCUAAACACUUUAAAUUAAAAGGCUAUGAGAAAUGUGGUAGACUUACACCAGCGACCGAGUCGUUUUUUUGUCAAAUGUAUAUAUUACCUGCAUAAUUAACUUCAUGCCAAGUGUUUAAUAUGAUAGCCACUUAUAGUAUAGGAUAUUCAAAGCUUGACCUGACAUUGCCAUUUUGAGAUGCCUUUUCAAUGCCUUUUUUUUUUUUUACCUUCAAAUGUGAUAUUUUUUGGGUUGCAGUUGGUUUAGUAUUACUUGCUAAACUAGCACAAAACUCCCAAGUGGAAUACUUUAAUGUUUAAAUGGCAUUCAUCAUUUUAAGUGUUGUUUCAUGGAGAAAGUGUUUUUGUUCAUUCUCAAUUGAAAAUGCUACACCAAAAUAAAGUUGGAUUGACAUUAAGGACAAUAAUUGGCUGUGUCCUUCUGUUACCUAGAAAUGCAUGUGCCUGUCAGUGUGUAUUGAUUGGGAAGCUAGCUGUAAAUCCAAUCAAAUGUACAGCCAUAGGAAGGGAGUUACAUUUGGAAAGUUAUUUAUUUAACAAUAUUAUACUACAGGAUCAUUUGUUCCGGAAACAUAAUUCAACAAAGUGAAUUUGUAAUUAUUCAUUAACAUUGUGGGAAUAAAUUCUCCCAUAUAUAUAUAUAUAUAUAUAUAUAUUCAUUCAGCAACACUUUGCAGAUGUAAAAUGUAAUGUAAUAAACAUGAACUCAUGGGACAAGGCUGUAUCGAGAUAUUGAAAUGCAUUACACACUCAGUGGACAGUUUAGGUACACCCAUCUAGUACCGAGUCAGACCCCCUUUUGCAUGCAGAACGCCUGAAUUCUACAAGGUGUCAAACGUUCCACAGGGAUGUUGGUCCAUGCGGACAUGACGGCAUCAGAGUUCAUGUAGAUUGGAUGGCGGUACAUUCAUGCUGCGAACAUCCCGUGCCAUCUCAUCCCAAAGAUGCUCUAUUGAGUUUGGUCAGGAACAAUGUUCAGAUACCAAUUGAGCAACAACUGCCACAGCGUAUCAAGGGACCUAACACAUGGCAGGAAAACAUUCCCCACACCAGCCUGUACCGACGACACUAGGCAGGAUGGGUCCAUGGACUCUGCUACUUAUGCCAAAUCCUGUCUACCAUUAGCAUGACACAACAGGAACCGGGAUUCUUCAGACCAGGCAAUAUUUUUUUUUUCCACUCGUCAAUUGUCCAGUGUUUGUGAUCACGUGCCCAAUGAAUUGUUUAUAGCUGAAAGGAGCGGUUGUCUGCUGCAAUAGCCCAUCCGUGACAAGGAUAGCAGAGUUUUGCGUUCCGAGAUUCCAUUCUUCACACCACUGUUGUACUGCGCCAUUGUUUGUGGCCCACCUGUUAGCUUGCACAAUUCUUGCCAUUCUCCUUAGACCUUACAUCAACGAGCUGUUUCCGCCUACAGGACUGCCACUGACUCGAUGUUUGUUUGUCGCCCCCAAACGUGUGUGUGUGUGUGUACAGCCCAGCCAUUUCUGAGAUACUGGUACCAGUGCGCCGGCACUGACAAUCAUACCACGCUCAAAGUCGCUUAGGUCACUCGUUUCGCCCAUUCAAAUGUUCAGUCGAACAGUAACUGAAUGCCUCGAUGCCACAGGAGGUUGGUGGGACCUUAAUUGGAGAGGACAGGUUUGUGGUAAUGGCUGGAGGCAUUAGUGGAACGGUAUCAAAUAUGUCAAACAUGGCUUCCAUGCGUUUGAUACCAUUCCAGUCGCUCGGUUCAGGCCAUUACUACGAGCUGUCCUCCCCUCAGCAGCCUCCUGUGCUCAAUGCCUGUCUGCUUGCUUUACAGUAUAUACACUAAGCCACGUGACUGUCUGAAGGAGCAAUCUAUUUUUGUGAACGGGACGGUAUACCUAAUAAACUGGCUGCUGAGUGUACAACUGCAUUUCUUGAGAAGUUGGGAUAAGAACAUUGGUGCAAAAUCAAUAGUGCAGAAAUACUUUUGAUGUGUGUGUGAAAUGGAUAAUCUAUCC